GUAAAGCAUCCAUAUUAUCCAUGCAUGGCAAAGGUGAGCUUACAGCUGGCAGUCCAGUUCCUCUUCCAAACCUAUCUCCGAACCAAGAAGAAACUCAGGGCUGAUACAGAAGAAUGGAUUGCCACCAUAGAUGCACUGCUCUCCAAAAGCAUUGAUGCCUGUCAGUGGUUAGUUGAAUAUUUCGUCGGGCCAGAGGGCCGGGAGCUUGUAAAGACUUUCCUCCUGGAAUGCAGUGUAAGAGAGGUGCGAGUUGCAGUAGCCACUAUUCUUGAAAAAACCCUCGACAGUGCCUUGCUUUAUCAGGAGAAGUUAAAAACUCUACAUCAAUUAUUGGAGGUGCUACUUGGUCUACUGGAUAAAGAUGUACCUGAAAACUGUAAAAACUGUGCUCAGUACUUUUUGCUAUUCAAUAACUUUGUACAGAAGCAGGGUAUAAGGGCUAGCAGUCUUCUUCUCAGACAUUCUGCUUUGAGGCACAUGAUCAACUUUCUCCUUGGCCCCAACCGGCAGAGUAACCAGAAUCGCAGGUGGAGUUCAGCACAAGCACGUGAGUUUGGAUAUCUUCACAAUACUGUAGCGCUGCUCGUUUUGCAUUCUGAUGUCUCCUCACAAAGAAACGUUGCUCCUGGUCUCUUCAAGCAGCGUCCACCUCUAAGCAUCACCGCUUCAGGUCCGCUUUUGAUGCUCCAUGAAGAAGUGGAAGCCUUGUUAUUCCUGUCUGAGGGAAAACCCUACUUAAUGGAGGUGAUGUAUGCAUUACGAGAGCUAACUGGAUCUCUGUCAGUUCUCAUUGAGAUGGUGGUGUACUGCUGCUUCUGUAACGAGCACUUUUCCUUUACUGUGCUACACUUCAUCAAGACUCAGCUGGAAACUGCUCCACCUCAUGAACUGAAAAAUAUAUUCCAGUUACUCCAUGAGAUACUGGUUAUUGAAGACCCAUUACAAGUAGAGCGCAUCAAAUUUGCCUUUGAAACUGAAAAUGGUUUAAUAGCCUUGAUGCACCACAGCAACCAUGUGGACAGCAGCCGUUGUUACCAGUGUGUCAAGUUCCUCGUUACUUUGGCUCAGAAGUGCCCUACUGCAAAAGAUUAUUUCAAGGAGAAUUCCCACCACUGGAGUUGGGCAGUGCAGUGGCUACAGAAAAAGAUGUCUGAACAUUAUUGGGCUCCACAGAGUAACGUAUCCAAUGAAACAUCAACUGCAAAAACCUUCCAGCGCACUAUUUCAGCACAGGACACGCUGGCCUAUGCCACAGCCUUGCUGAACGAGAAAGAUCAGUCUGGAAGCAGUAAUGGGUCAGAAAGUAGUCCAGCCAACGAGAACGGAGAGAGGCGUCUGCAGCAGGGCUCAGAGUCUCCUAUGAUGAUUGGUGAGCCUAAAAGUGACCUUGAUGAUGUUGACCCAUAGAGGAUACCUAUGAACACAAGAACAGAUCGACUCAAACAUUUAAUGCCUGGUACCUACUGAAACUGGAGUCCCGUUGCUUAUGGCGUUAGAAGAGUCUGGAAGAGAAGUGGCUUUAUAGGAUCGGAGGCAAUACCCGAGGAGGUUGUUUCCCUGAAAGCUAAAAGCAUUUUUUAGCCACGAAGGCUUCAGAUCAAUAAAUGCUCUAGAAAACUGCGUCUUUACCUGCAGUAGCUUAUGACAGUCCAGACACCGAAAACAGUUUGUCAAGAAGAUUUUAUCAAAUACACAAACGCUAGUGGUUGAAUUUUUAUGUGAACAUUAAAUGAGUGAAUGUAAAACUGUUGCUUUUCUGUGAUGCUGCAAAAAAAUUCUUUUGGUUUUUAUACAGGAAAAAAACGACGACAGACUGCCCUUAUGUAUGGAGGGCAAAUUUUUAAUCUUUCUGAUAAUAUUGAAUAGGAAUAUUC